CCAUCAGCUGUUUCCAACUGACAUGCGCUAUAAACAAAUAAAUCAAAGAGUAAACAACAAAUGUUCGGCGCAAUUUGCUUAUAUGUAAAUAGUGUUCAUUCAUAAUUAUUGUAUAGUGUCUGUGACGUGUGUGACUUUCCUAUUUUAAGAUUGUCAGCAACAGCAGCUAGCACAACGUGAUUACGCAAUUCCAUUAAAACUUUGUGUGUUACUUGCAGGCGUACAAACAAACAACAAAAAUGGCUUUGGCACAAGGACGCAUCAAUGUGGAUGAGCCACUAUAUGAUUUAAGCACUUUUGCCGGACGCUUUCGCUAUUUCGCGUGGAUGACGGAUCCCCGCACUGUCAUUGUUUCCAACGACCGUUUAUUGCAAGCAAAAACGCUGGUGGAAAGCUAUCGUGUGGGCAAGGAGCCUGAGAAUACUACACAAGAACAAGUCAAAUAUGCAAUGAAACUAUAUACAUCUGCCUUUCAUCCGGACACAGGCGAACUGCAAAAUGUCACUGGACGCAUGAGUUUCCAGGUGCCCGGUGGCAUGCUUAUAACAGGCGGCAUGUUAGCCUUUUAUCGCACGGUGCCCGCCGUUGUGCUCUGGCAAUUCAUCAAUCAGUCAUUCAACGCCAUCGUCAACUAUACAAAUCGCAAUGCGAAUUCACCAACAACAGUUACACAGUUGGGCGUCGCAUAUGUGUCGGCAACGACCUCAGCCUUAGUGGCGGCAAUUGGUUGCAAGAGUUAUUGGUCGAAGCGUGCCAGCCCACUAUUUCAGCGUUUUGUGCCAUUUGCUGCCGUUGCCGCGGCGAAUUUCGUCAACAUUCCACUUAUGCGGCAAAAUGAGAUAAUCAAUGGCGUUGAAGUGAGGGAUGAGAAUGGCAAUAUUGUGGGCCACAGUCGCCUAGCUGCCAUAAAGGGUAUGACCCAAGUGAGUAUUUCGCGUAUUACUAUGGCGGCACCGGGUAUGUUGAUACUGCCGUUUAUUAUGCAACGUUUGGAGAAAAUGCCGGCUUUUCGGCGCAUACGUUGGAUAGACGCGCCCUUCCAAACGGCAAUGGUGGGCUGCUUCUUACUUUUCAUGGUGCCCACAGCUUGUGCUAUUUUCCCGCAAAAUUGUUCGUUAAAAACGUCCACAAUCAAACUAGUUGAAGCCGAUCAGUAUGCGGAAAUAGAGUCCAAGACCAAAGGUCACGUACCGCAGCGCGUCUACUUCAACAAGGGCUUAUAAAUUGUCGCGUAAUACACUUUAAUUAUGCAUAAUAGACAAUAUUGUUGAGUUGCUGAAGUGCUGGCGCAUGGCGACAGCGUGUUUCAACUCAGCUGGAAGCGCAUUUAUAAGAGAACCGUUUACAAUAACCGUGAAUUACUGCUGCUACUAAGCAUGCCUCAAAUAGGCUAGAAUUUUGAAAUUCGUAUCAUUUUAAGUCAAAGUAACUGCGCAUUUUGUAGUUGUGAUUUAGUUUUAAUUUUGUGUUUUUUCGUUCCUGAAAUCAAUGUAUAUUUUUAUGGCACUGGUUCUUUUUCACUUUUUUUUUUGUUUUUGUAAUUUAAUCUAUUAGUGUGUUUAUGUUGUUAUUUAAUGUAUCACAGUGACUCGUCUUCACUACCAAAUGGUGAUUUCUAUACUAAAGUCAUUUGCUUUUAAUCACCGAAAUUCUACGCGUGCGUUAAUUGUUGCAAAUAUUAAAAAAAAAUAUCUAUAAAAGAUUUGUAUGCAACUCUGUCUGUAUUGUUUGUUCAUAUGUAUGGCAAAAAUGUUUAUCUCCUCAUAUGCACGUACAAAUGACUCGAGUCAUAAUAACAUCUUCCAUAGAUAAUUCCAAGCACUACCAUCUUAUUGUUUGUACGCUGUUUGUUUAAGAAAUUAAGCGUAAAAUGUAUACUCUAUAUGUAUAAUGAUAAUUCUGAAAUAAAUAUGAAAAAUAAUGCAACAAAAAAGGCA